UCAGCUCUAUGUGUUGGUGUGAAUGAAUGAGAGAGGGGGGUGUGAAUAAGUGUGACUGUGCUGGGCUCAGCGUGAUUUACGGCUCUGCUGAAAACUGCUUUCCCCGCAGCUUCAGCACCAGCAGCAGCAGCAACAAGUCGGGAUUGAGAGAGUAAUGCAACAGCACACUUUUGAAGAAAGCAGACACCCCUGGCAGGAGUCAUUUGAAAAUGUCAGCAUCUGCAUGCCAUUUCGUUGCCCACGAUGUGGUGACCACACUAGAUUCAGAAGCCUUUCUUCUCUGAGGGCACAUCUGGAGUAUAAUCAUAGGUAUGAAGAAAGAAGCCUUCUGACAAAAUGCAACCUCUUUUCUUCCCUCAAAGAUACAGACUUGCUCUCUUCCUCAGAGACCAUGACUCAAGGAAAACUGGGGAACACCAGCAAUGCAAUAAAACAGAAACCAUCCUACAUAAAUUUUUGUGACAGCUCACAUGAGAACCCAAAGAACAGAAAAUCACUGGAGAUGGAAGCUGAAAGGCCUGUCUCUUUUGUGGCAAAUUACGGGUCAGCAGACUUCACAGAUGAGCAGAUUUCUAAACCGUGGGUUCCAACAACAGACUCCAAAGCCUCUUUUGAGGCACAUGUACGAGACAAGUUUAAUAGGAUGGUAGAAGCUGUAGAUAAAACAAUAGAGAAGAGAAUUGACAAGCUUACCAAAGAGCUGGCCCAAAAAACGGCUGAGCUGUUGGAAGUUCGGGCCGCUUUUGCGCAGCUGUCUCAGAAGAAACAGGAAGUUCAGAGGCGAGAGAGGGACCUGAACAGACAGGUGGACGUUGCAGUUGAGAUGAUUGCUCUACUGAAGCAACGUCUUACAGAGUCUGAGGAAGCACUUCACAGGAAAGAAGAAGAGGUUGUUACUUUUAACCACUUCCUGGAAGAGGCAGCUGAGAAAGAGGUCCAUGGGAAAGCCAGGCUCCAACACUUCAUUGAGAAUCUAUUGCAGCGGGUUGAUCUGGCAGAAAGACAACUAGAAUAUUAUCAAAAUCAGCAGAUAAUGUGCAAUUACAAUGAUGUAAAUGAACAUAUGUUUACAGACCUCUCAUCAAAUAAGAAACCCAGAUGCCUAAGCCGAGGAAAUCAGCAUGGUUCAUAUAAUAUACCUGAUGCAAAACCGCAUUCCCUUCAAAAAGGUAGAAUGUUCCUAAAGAAAAACAAGGAUGACAAGAACAGCAUCCAGCCAGUUACAUUCUUCUAUGAGCCUGUCGACUGCUCAAGAGAGCUAUGGAGGCCACAGAAAAGAGGUGAACCAGUGAGUGCUGCCCGUAAGGUGAAUUCAAAAUCCAAGCAGGGUAAAAAAGGCAAAUAGCUACAGUAACAGAUUAUAUCAUAUAAGAACACACAGGAGCUACUGGCACAAGGCUUCAACAAAACAGAUAUUGAAUCAUGUCUAUUAGCUAAGCAUCGUACAUUUCCUAUUCAUUUGUUAUGCCAUAAAAUAUUAAAUAUAAAUAUAUAAUAUAUACAGUAUGAAAGAAUAUUUUUAUUAUUUAGGAAUUUUGUUUCUCUUUUGGGGUCUAUAAGCGAAGUAACAUUUAUUUAUGUCAGUUUACAUUUGAUUUUUCUAUUUAUUUAAUGCUAGAGCCUAUUGAAAAUGAUCCCAAUAUCUGGCUGUAUACUAUUGUGGCCAUAUGUUUUAUAACCAGAGAUUUUAGUGGCACCAUGUGGUUGGUUUACUAAUCUAAUUUCCAUCUAUGUCGUUGCGUCAGUUCAGAAGAAUCCAUUUAAUUGGCAUCCUGAUACUCAGUCUUUGCGCUUAAUUGGUGUGAUUGCCAGGAAACAUGUUCAAUGACUAAACACUACAUAUACCAGGUUUCAGAGUAGCAGCCGUGCUAGUCUGUAUUCGCAAAAAGAAAAGGAGUACUUGUGGCACCUUACAGACUAACCAAUUUA